UCCAACGGCGCAAAAGGAGUGUUGGUAAAGGAGGAGGCAGGAGGAUUCCUUUGUUUGCUUCAUUCUGUCGUUUCGCUGCUUUCAUUUAAGGUUUCUUAGAUUCCCAAUCUCGAUCAUUCUUCCUGUCGUUAUCGCAUUUUUAUAUUCAUAAUGUCUUCUUUUUGGGAGACGGUGCUUGAUUGUAAGAAGAGCAAUUCAAGUCGCGAUUGUCCUUUACCAGCGCUGGUGGACGACAUCGCGAAGCGCGACCCUCGUCGGGUCUGCCUGUCGUUUCCACGCUCGAGGAACUUCGCUGAGGGAUUUCAAGAUAUAACCUUUCAUACCUUUGCCAAUGCCAUCAAUAAAACCGCUCACUACUUGCAACGAGAAAUUGGCCGGAGUUCCAUGUUCGAGACUGUCUUUUACAUGGGCUACCCAGACGUGAGACACUACAUUGUGCUUAUCGCUUUAAUGAAAACUGGGCAUAAGGUCCUGUUCCAUAGACAGCAUGAAUCGCUAGCCAUGGAGAUAGAGCUGAUAAAACGGACGGAUUGUAGCAUCCUUCUCUUUACACCUGGAGCGCCAAUUGAAAGGAUACUCCAACACUGCCGUCUCGAGAGCAUAUGUAUGCUUGAACUCGAAUAUCUGCUCGAUGACAGCAGAACAUGUGCCCCAUAUCCGUAUAUGGCCACUCUCGAUCAAGCCAGACUUCAUCCAUGCGUAGUCACACACAUACCAUCCUCGACAGGACGACCGAAGCCCAUAAUAUGGACGCACGGAGCGCUUUGGGACGCCCAGCAAUGGCCUCACCCAGCCAGCACCCUCCGUCACGAUAGUCUGUUCGAUACAUUAGCUCAUCAGCCAUUGAGACUCUUUAGCACUUGCUCGCGCUUCGAUGGGCCAGAGAUUUUUCGGAGUCUCAAGCAAGCACUCUGCCAAAACACCACGAUCGUAAUCCCACGUCCGUAUUCAACCUCGGUUGACGAAGUGCACGAAGUCCUGCGAUAUGGCAAUAUUGAUGUUUUGGAAUGUACAUCUGGCACAUUGGAUAAGAUAACUACGAGACUCGAUAUCUUGGAAAGACUUCGAAAGCUCCAGAAUGUGACAUGCAUCGGCGGGAAACUCUCGUCUCAAGCGCUGUUUAUUCUAUCGCAUUACGUUCAAGUACACAUACCUAGAGCGAGAACAGAGCCGAGCACGCCUCUUCCUUGCAGGGCAAGCCUGUCAACCCGGCGGUGAGCUCUUUCCAAUAAGCCUACAAUUAUUGCAUCGACGCUGCUCUCGCAAAGUCAAUCCGCGACAUUGGAUAAAUUGCUAUU